CCGAUUGAUAAACCAGCAGAGCCCCAAGCAUCAAUUUCAGCUACUUUAAUGCAUGCGAUGGAAUAUUACUGUGCCAUAGGAAAAUGGUAAAAUGGAUGAUUUCAGAGGACACUGGGAAGAUCUUAUGAAGUGAAGCGAAGGGAUAGAAACAGAACAGGGAGGACAAUUUUCAUUACAUAGAAUAACUUUGAAGGACUCUACAGCUCUGAUCAACACAGCGAUAACCCUCUAUUCCAAAAGAACGAGGAUGAAGCACACCAUUCGCUUCUUGAUAGAGAGCAGAUGAACGGACAAUUCAGAGACGUGCAUUUUCGGACCUGGCUAAUGGGAUUUGUUCUGUUGGACCAAGCAGCGAGGCAUGAGGGAAUUUGGAGGGUGUUUUGUUUGGUUUUGAAUUUGCUCAUUGGGAAGGGGGAUGGCGGAAGGGCAGUUUAAUUUUUCAAAUGUUUAAUACUUGAACAGACAAAAGGCGGCGUGGCUCUGCUCAGAGUGUAGCAGCUGAGGCCCAGGAGCUCCAUCCUGUGUCCCUGAAUUUCAGAAAUCUGACAGUGGCUACAGGGCAGUCGUCUGAGGUCCUGAUUCUGGAAGUAUUGUGCCGAAACGAGGCGCAGAGCUUGGGCACUUUGCUGCUUGUCUGUACAGGACCCCAGAGACAGGGCAGAGCCGGAAGCCUUUGGCUGGACGCAGAAGGCGAUCGCCGGUCUUCUAGGGACCCAGAUCAGGGACGGAAGGGUCUGGCCCAACCCCUCGGGGAGCCAGGACCCGCCCCCCAGGCUGGACCUUGGGCCCCGCCUUGACUCCACUGCCCUUUCCUGCCAUCAGGCCCUCCCACUUCUGACCUUCUGGUACCACCGUCAAUCAUCGAUCUACCAGGCAGUGUCAUGAGCCUCACAACAUUAUACCAGUCAGUUCCUGCACUUUGAUGGAUUCAGUGACAUUUCAGGACGUGGCUGUGGAGUUCACCCGGGAGGAAUGGUGCCUCCUGGACUUCUCCCAGAAGGUGCUGUACCGAGAUGUGAUGCUGGAGAUCUCCCAGAACCUGCUUUCCCUGGGGCUACCAGCUCCCAAAGCCAAUUGGAUCUCCCAGUUGGACCAAAGGGAAGUUCCAUGGAUACAGGAGAGGCAAGCUCCAGGAGACUUCUGCCCAGAUGAGGAGACUGGACCAGAAACCAAGGAGUCUACUCCAAAGCUGAGAGUUUCCUAUGAUUUCAGUUUGAAAGAAAUUGGGAGAUGUGGUACCAAGGUAGAGAAGAAGCCAGACAACUGGGAAAGUCAUUCUGGACAAUUAAAGAUUACCUUUAGGCAAACUCCUAGUGCAAGGAGAGAUGAUAAAUGUAAUAAUUUUGAUCAAAGAGUCCAGAGUCAAGAGUCAACUGUUUUUGUACGACAGAGAGUUCUUAAACAAAAGAGUCACAAUGAAUGUGAUACAACUGAAAAUGGCUUUAGACAAUAUUCAGAGUUAAUUCAGUGCAGGAAAAUCACCUCAGUGACAGGAUAUUCUAAGUCUAAUGAAUUUGAAGAACACUUUAAUAACCAGUUAGAGCUUAUUCAUCACCAUGGGAAGCAUACCGGAAUGAAAGCUCUUCGUGUAAUGAAUCAGAGACAGCCUUCAGUUUGAACCCAGACCAUACAA